CCAUAUUGGAAAGAGAGUUCCUGGUGUCCAGAGAGAAGGAGAGGAAGCUGCACAACGACCUGGAGGCGGUGACGACUCGACUCCUCCAGCAGGAGCACCAGAACCUGGAGCUGAGGAUGAACCAGGACCAGCUGAUCCGCAGGGUCCACCAGCAGCAGGACCUGGUGGACGUCCUGCGGCAGCGCAUGGUCCUGCUGGCAGAGGAGAGUUCACGGAGCGUGGAGCUCCUGCGGCAGGUCGGCUCAGAGCUGCUGUGUCUGCAGAGCUCCGAGGUGAACCUGGAGGGCCUGGUGGUGGAGCUGCACGCUGAGGCCCAGCAUCGAGCUGCAGUGGCAGAGAGCCUGAACGCGGAGCUGCGCACCGAGGCCCAUCGCAGAGCUGCGCAGACCGAGAGCCUCCACGUGGAGCUGCGCAGUAAAACGUUGGAGCUGAAGGAGCUUCAGGAGACCAACAGAGUUCUGACAGAAGAGCUGAGGGAGCUCCACAGGAAACAUCAGCAGGAGGUGGAGGAGCUGCAGCAGGAGAACCAGGGGAGUCUGAAGAAGCUGCAGGAGACGGCGGAUCAGUUCGAGUGGCUCUGUCAGCAGCAGCGCUGCUGGAUCUGUUGUGUCAGAAGGUUCAAAGAUUGUCUGACGGAGGAGAGGGAGACUCUGCUGAGACGGGUCAGUGUGUUGGAGAAGAAGCUGCAGGAACAGAACCUGGGUUCACAUGAUGGAGGUCAGGACCUCCUCCACCCCCUGCAGGCUGCAGACAGGUGUGACAGUUUGACAUCAUGGGACACAAACACAGAUCUGAAGUCUCAGGUGGAAAACUCUCACCUGUUGUACGAAGAGUUCUUCACUCAGGCACAAAGUCCCAUCAGUCGAUACCAAGAACCUCCUUGAGGCUAAAGACCUGGAGCCUGAAUUCAUCUCUGCUGUCUGCCUCUAACUUCAGUCAAACAGAAGAUAACUGCUCGGUGUUUGUGGCUGCAGAUGUGUGGAUUGCUUUCCAGUCAUUGUUUUAAAACAUUCCAACAAUUGUGAGGAAAAACGUACCUGUAAAACCUCAUCUUUACUGCUUUUUCCCCACUGUUGUUUGCAGUGAUUUAUGACUGAAGUAAAUUACACACAGAUCGCUCCUGUUCCUCCUCAUGUUGUCACACAUGCACAUCACAUGUGCCUCAAGUUGUCUGCUCACAUUUUUCAGUAAUUGUCCAUUUUUCAAACCUUGUAAUCAGCACUGCUAAUAGGAGCACCUGAGAAUGCUCCGAGUGUUGUUCGGCCAAUAAAACCUCAGCUGGUGCACAGAGAAACAAACGUGGAUGUUGUUGUUUUCUACCACAAUAAAGCUCCAGCAUUGUUUCAUCUCUG